CUUGCGAAUGGCUGGCCUCAUGCAUCAUGCUCGGCCCAUGAAUUCAGGCUGGAGCUUUAAGCUUUAUCUGCGGCGCGCUGACUCAAAUUGACGGAGGCUUGACAUUGUGAUAUCCCGCUCAAAUGCGCGUCACGGACCCAGAAAUUGGUGAACUCAAUCAUGGCAUCCCCGGCCUAUCACGUACCUAGAUAGCAGUUGUUCUGUCACUUUUCUCUGAACUUGUUCACACAUUAUUCCAGAUAAAUCACUCGUGCCCGUGAUGUCCACUAAUUCGCUGUUGGUGACUGGAAGACGCGUACUUCUCCCUGACUUAGAUCGGCCAACUGCUGCCACCAUCGUGAUUGACGAGACAUCUGGCAAAAUCUCUGAGAUCCGUCAUCAGUAUGAACCCAACGGGUCAGCAUCCUCUUGUCGUCAUAUUGAUGCUGGCGAUAAGCUAGUCCUUCCCGGGCUCGUGGAUGCUCAUGUUCACCUCAACGAACCUGGUCGAACAGAGUGGGAAGGGUUCUGGACCGGGACUCGCGCUGCAGUCUCGGGUGGUGUGACUACGGUCGUUGACAUGCCCCUGAACUCCAUUCCGCCCACAACAACUGUGGAACAUCUGCAGAUCAAAAGGGACACUGCAAAGGGUCAGUGUUGGAGUGAUGUCGCUUUUUGGGGAGGUGUAAUCCCAGGCAAUCAGGAAAGCUUAAAGCCCCUCGUGGCAGCUGGCGUAAAAGGCUUCAAGUGUUUCUUGAUUGAAAGCGGUGUUGAGGAAUUUCCUUGUGUGAAUGAAUCAGACUUACACGGACACAUGAAGGAGCUUCAAGGCGAACGCACGACACUCCUAUUCCACGCUGAGCUCGAGACCGCUUCUGAAUCACCCGCAGAGAACGGAAGUAACACAGCCUAUGCAACCUUUUUGAACUCGAGGCCCCAGGAGCUGGAGACCAACGCCAUUGCCCUCAUCACGCGCCUUCAAGAAUCAUACCCAUCUCUACGCUGUCACAUCGUCCACCUAUCGGCAGCUUCGGCCCUCCCGUUGAUCAGGGCAGCGAAGGCUAAGGGGCUCCAACUGACUGUGGAAACUUGCUUUCACUAUCUUUGUCUCUCCUCUGACGACAUUCCUAAUGGCCAUCCAGAGUUCAAGUGCUGUCCCCCGGUUCGUGACCGAAAUAACCGAGACCUGAUCUGGCAAGCCCUUCUCGACGGUGUAAUCGAUUGCGUCGUGUCUGAUCACAGUCCAUGCGUCACUGAACUCAAGAAACUUGACACGGGAGACAUCAUGGGUGCUUGGGGAGGGAUCAAUAGCUUGGGAUUGGGCCUAAGCUUGCUGUGGACUGAGGGACGAAAACACGGGGUUUCACUGGCGCAAAUCAUUCGGUGGACCUGUGUGAAGACGGCAGAACAUGCUGGGCUUUCAGCAUCGAAAGGUCAACUCAAGGUCGGUUAUGAUGGAGACUUUGUCAUAUGGGACUCCGAGGAACAGUUCAAGGUCCGGGCGGCUCUUCUUGCUUUCAAAAACAAGCUAUCUGCAUAUGAGGGCAUGACACUUUUUGGGGUCGUGCAGCAAACAUAUCUCCGAGGACAGCUGGUAUACGACAAGUACAGUGGUUUUGAUGGCCUCGCCCCGCUUGGUGUGCUGCUCUGAGGAGUCGACACGAGUGCGGGCUCGGCAAGUUACUGUCGCAUACUACGGACAUCAUAGUUUCUUGCGCCCUCGCUUAGCUUGGUAGAUGAUUGUCACGAUAGGGAGUUGUCCGACAAGGCACAAGCGGUAACAGAUAUUGAAAAGAG